CAUCUUACCGUUAUGGAAAUAUGGUAAUAGGUCUUGACAAUGUCAUAUGUCUUGGAACGGAGAAGGACAUAAUGAACUGUCAACAUUCAACCUGGCGAAAUCAUAACUGCAAUCACGAGGAGGAUGUAGGCGUAAGAUGUGAACAGAUGUGGAAUAUACGCAGGUUUAAAGAAGAUUUUGUUCUUAUGUCUGACAUAAGUAACUCAUAUCUACAAGUGUGCAACAUAAAUAUUGCUAAAGAAAAUAUUUGCCAAAUGCUUGGUUUUGAAAGCAAAUUAAUUGUCGCUGAUGACAUUUCCUCAUCCCAGGAAACUGAUGGUUUUAUGGAUAUAAACUGUAGCGGAAACGAACAGCUGUUAUCAGAGUGCACAAGAACGUAUAAUUCAUAUGGGGAUUGUAUGGCCAAAUGGACUGCUUUUAGAUGUGAGAAAAAUUGUUUUGUAUUUUCUUAA